CAAAUGCGCGCGUCAAGGCUGGCUUCAAAAAUGGCGCGAAAACAGCGCGCUCUACCCUCUUCGAGCUAGAGAGUCCAGGAGGCCGUGAUCUCAGUCGCACCGGGCUUCUCAAGCAAAAGCCAUUCCGUUGUGAACCAAACGACGUCUGUCCUUGAUCCAAAAUGGCGGCCGAAUCUGAUAUGCCCACCUUCAAGUGCGUCCUGGUUGGAGACGGAGGCACAGGAAAAACUACAUUCGUCAAGCGCCAUCUCACAGGAGAGUUCGAGAAGAGAUACGUUGCCACCCUUGGCGUAGAGGUUCACCCUCUGGUGUUCCACACAAACAGAGGACCUAUCCGUUUCAACGUUUGGGAUACUGCUGGCCAAGAGAAGUUCGGUGGGCUCAGAGACGGAUACUACAUUCAGGGACAAUGUGCCAUUGUUAUGUUUGAUGUCACAUCACGAGUAACAUACAAGAAUGUUCCCAACUGGCACAGAGAUCUUGUCCGAGUUUGUGAAAACAUCCCAAUCGUUCUAUGUGGUAAUAAGGUUGAUAUCAAGGACAGGAAGGUGAAAGCCAAGAGCAUAGUAUUCCACAGGAAGAAGAACCUUCAGUACUACGACAUUAGUGCGAAAAGUAACUACAACUUCGAAAAGCCUUUCCUGUGGCUCGCCCGCAAGCUGAUUGGAGACCCCAACCUCGAGUUUGUUGCUAUGCCUGCCCUCGUUCCCCCAGAAGUUACCAUGGAUCCCCAAUGGCAGCACCAGAUCGAAAAGGAUCUCAAGGAAGCUCAAGAAACUGCACUGCCAGAGGAUGAAGAAGAGCUGUGAAUCUGUGAAACCUAAAAUUGUACUGAAUGAUGAAAGACCUGUUGUUCCAUGCCAGGGGCAUGUUCCGUGUGUUGUGUAUCAAGGGAAUGAAAAUAGUCACGUGUGUGUGGGAAGUGGUCUGUUGGAUAAUGCCUGCCUUGGACUGUUAUUUUUUUAGUAUGUGUGUCGCACCUGUAUGGAUGUUUCUUUCCCUUAUGUUGUUUUUUUUUUUUAAUUUAACUGUUUUGUCACAGCUAAUUGUCUGAUAAAGGUACCUUUUUUUAAGAACAGAUUUCUGCUGGAUGUUUUACUUGUGUUUCUUGACAACCAUGCUGUUAUUAUUGUAAUUAUCAUCUUGAUACUGUUGAAUAUAGAGGCAUAGCGCUCACUCGUACACUUGUCAGUAUGUCAUGUGUUAACGAAAUAAAUUUCAAAUUCCGAACUGA